AUGGCCGACUUACAUAAUUGGGGCUACGAUCUGGAGAUUGCACAAGCAUUGUUGGGCGAUUUUCGCACCGGGAUAACCGACCCUGAGAUAAUAGAGAGAAUCUCUAAUGUCCUACCAGAAUUACUCAAAGCUUUUGCCCUCAAGAUUGGAAAUCCGGGCAUUUUUCAAAUUGACCAAGAUACGAUGGUAUUCAUAGACACUCACAGCGAGUCUAUAGCGCAAGCCUUCAGAGGAGGCUUCCUAAAGAAAAUUGCAGUCUACGACCCCACUGUCAAGCAAGAAGAGCCCAUCUCUCAAGAACAGUUUGUUAAAAGUGGGCUCAAGAGCCUGGAUAAGGGACACAAUAUCACAGCUACAAACGCAGAGGAACAUGUAAAAGUGAAAGGACGUAAAGAAUCAAAGGAACCCAUCUUCUAUCGGAUUACUGACUUCCGAGAGUACAUUUUGCAGACUCCUGCGUAUAAAUGGCUCAUGGAAACUUUGCAUAGAGAAAUCGUGCUCACUUGCGAAGAUUCACCAGUUAUGGAGAAUAUUCGGCAACAAAUCAUUGACUACUUCCCGAAAUCAGACCCAAUCGACAAAUUUCAGCCAUCACGGGCUUACAGGGCUAUCUUCGAGAUGGAUUGGAAUAUCUCGACUUUUAUCAACGAACAGGGUUAUCCAGGACCAGCAAAUGAGGUUAUAGACGCGGCCAUCACUCUGACUGGCUCUCUGCACAACGCGCUAGCGCUGCCAUGUGCUGCAUACAUGCGGCAGACUUGGCCAUUGACUGGAGGGAAAAUCAUACAUUUGAUCCAAGACACUCUGGCCAGUAAGGACAACAACAUCCACCUUUGUACAUUAUACGAUGGGACAAAACUAAUGGCAAAAAUGAAAGAAGAUUAUCUGCGAGUUCAGACCCAUGGGACGGCUUGGUCGGUUGCUGAGAUUGGCGAACAGCUUGCUUGGCUUGGGGCAGCUCUUCACUCUAGUCGAACGGAAACCGCGCUCUCCAUCUGCACACCUUAUAUUAAAGUCGAUUAUGAAUAUCCAUCCGAUAUCCUCGUCAGUAUUGGUUUUGUCCUUGAGGAACAGGAAGCACAAGCUGAAAUAUUACCCAUUGGGCGUUGCUGGCAAAAGCUCUUCAAAAAUCCGGUUAUCGUAAAAGGAUACCCUAUCCCGCGCAGGCCCAGUGCUCAUAAUACUGGACUCGAAGUUCCUCUCAAUAUCAUGGCAGAGCUCGGACAGGCACAAUAUGCCUCUUUCUUUGAUGGGAAAGUCUUUAUCAAGGGGUUCUGCACGAUAAUGGUACCGACCAGGGUUGUUGGGGACAUGGAAAUGGUGAUUUGGCAUGUGUUGAUUAAUGAAGACGGAUCCCAUAUAUCCUUUUCGGACUCAAAGGUUUCGAGUAUUCCAGGAUUGUAUCCGGAAGCGCUUAAAAUAUCUGGUCUUAAGGAUGCCCGGCAUGUCGUUGGUUGGUGUGCAGACGUUACGAACUUUGCUGGUUUGACACCCAGCCCCAAGUAUAAGAAAGGCUCUGCGUUUGCAGAGUACGGUAUUGGUUGGUCAGGACUAGGAAAACCGCCCACUGGCUCUGACUUUGAGAGUGUCUCCAUACUCCGUGGAAGCUUCAUCCUGAAUGGUAUGAAAGCCGUGUUUGGCAGGAAGGAUAGAGCACAUCACAUAGUACGCGAAGGCUACUUAGAGCGACUGAGAUGGAUAUCAAAAAAAUUCGUUGUAUUAUUCGACGUGGCCGAUAAACGCGCUUGGCUUGUCGAUGGGGCUAGCGCAUUACUUCAUCUCGCUCGAGCGUCUUUGCAAUAUGACGAUAUGGAUGAGUUUCAAGAUGAGCUCCUUUUUAGACGGGAGCAAUUUCAAGAAGUGCCGAUAAACACCACCACGGCUCGCUCAGCAGCGACAUGGUUUCUUAGAAACCCGAUUAACCAGAACGUCAAGCUAUAUGUCAAGAAUUACGACCCAGGGUUCGAAGAACCGGUAAAGCAAACAACCUCUUUUUCCCUGUUCAAGGACCGAGUGGAGCAAAUAUUCCAUAUCCUGGAACAGAUAGUGUCACAUCAAGAACAAGUGAACACAGAAAGAGACAUUGGACUCCGCACAACCAAAUCGCCUCAUGUGCUUGAGGGUUUUGAUUUUAUGGACGUAGCCGCGGAUGAGGAUGCAGUGUCAGCUCGCUCUGUUGCCAUUGGGCCUGAAAGCGCAGGCUGGAUAGAGCUUGUGCAGUCUAUCCACGCAAUUGUACUUUUCGGCGAGGGCUUUGGGGAUCUCAUCAGGCCGAGGAAGCCAGGUCAGCCUUGCCCUGCAUGGUCUGACGUACCCAAAGGCCUGCACUGUCUUGGCGUUUGUGUUUCUGAUAUCAAGGAAAUAUUGAAGAAAAUAGGAAACAUCAGGGAAACACCCUGGCGAUUUCUAGAGAAGUUUGUCUGGUGCACGCCAGAUAAAUGCUUUGAAGCGUGUCAAUGUCUCGACAUGGCUAUGUCAGUCCACUGCGAUCGAGUUCAAACUUUGCUUCCCAUCGGUUCACUCAAUCAUGGCAGUCCAACUUAUAAUAGCCCCUCUCACCUAGAGGAGAAUGGAGCGGUCAUAUUUGKGCCGAGCUCUAUUGGUUUCACUCGCCAAGUUUACCAAACAGACUCACCAUUACAGCCUGAGGGUAUCUUUAGUCCAUCAGUUGAUAGCGGCAUUGGAGAGAGCCAGAGCUCUUCAUCGAAGGAAUGUAAAAGUGGAGAUGAUGGUAUUGCCGGGUGCAAGAGAAGACGUCUCGAAGAAAUCGGAACGCAGCGAGCGAAACAUCACCGCUCAAGAUUUCGUCCUGAGGUUGAUUCUGUUCCAAUUUUGGAAGAGCUAGGCGCUCCUUCGCUGACACUUAAUCCUCUACUCAACGGCAAAUUGCCUAUGCAGUCAUGUGGUUUCGAGCUGGAACAUGAAAAUUCAAGGAUUACUCGCCGACCAACUCUUUGCAAAUCUCCUUUCUCAGCGGCGUUAUCCAGGCAUGGCACCAAAGGAAAUGAGAUACCAAAGCUCCUAUCGUUGACUAUAUACACUGCUGGAUGGCUGUGCGCCAUAAGGUCCGAGUAUGAAUCAGCUUUACGCAUGCUGGAUGAAUUUCACGACAGGGGAUACGGCCAUGGGUCAGACCAUAACCUUUACACCCUUGGUCGAAUCGGUGCCCACAAUGUCGUUCUUACAUGUCUUCCAUUGGGACGAUACGGUAAUAAUGCCGCAGCAGUAGCCGCUACCAGAAUGAUGAGCAGAUUCCCUGCAAUCCAGAUCGGCUUGAUGGUUGGGAUUGGGGGUGGAGUUCCGAGUCGACGAGAAGAUAUUCGUCUUGGGGAUGUUGUCAUAAGCAAGCCAACAAAACACCAUGGGGGCGUGGUGCAGUACGAUAUGGGCAAGUUUGCUGUACAUGGAUUUCAACCCACAGGUUAUCUCAAUCCUCCGCCAGAGAAGCUCUUGAAUGCCCUCAACCUAAUGCCUCCGCAUGGAGCGCUACUGGGGGAUUCCCUCGACCUCCUAAGCUCCUACCCCGGCGAGGAAUGGGAUUGUCUGUACAUUUCCACCUAUAAGCAUGAGCAAAAUGCUGACAAUGAGUCCUGCCAGAUGUGUAAUAAAGAGCAACUAAUCCCCCGAGAUCCCGGUAAUCGUGGGGUACUCGGACCACGCGUAUUCUAUGGGACAAUUGCAUCUGGGAAUGCAGUCAUCAAAGAUGCUGUUGUCAGAGAGAGGUUAUUGCAGAGUGAUGAUUUUCUUUGCUUUGAAAUGGAAGCUGCAGGAGUUAUGAAUAGCAGUUUCCCUUGUGUUGUUAUCCGAGGGAUAUCAGACUAUGCUGAUUCCCAUAAGCAUGAUAUGUGGCAUGACUAUGCUGCACUCACUGCAGCCAAAUAUGCUCGAAACCUUCUGCUUGCUAUGCCAGGAGAAAUCAUUCGUCCUUAA